AUGCGGGGCGCAGCGCGGGCGGCCCGGGGGCGCGCGGGGCAGCUGUUGCCGCGGUCCUCCGCCCCCGGCCCGGCCCCACCACCGCUGCUGCUGCUGUUGGCCGUGCUGCUGGGCGGCGCGGGCGCGCAGUACUCGAGCGACCUGUGCAGCUGGAAGGGGAGCGGGCUGACUCAUGAGGCGCACCGGAAGGAGGUGGAGCAGGUGUACUUGCGCUGCUCCGCAGGCACGGUGGAGUGGAUGUAUCCCACCGGCGCACUCAUCGUCAACCUCCGGCCCAACACUUUUGCACCUGCCAAGCACCUGACUGUGUGCAUCAAGCCAGCUUCGGGCUCCUCGGGGGCCAACAUCUACCUGGAGAAGACCGGGGUGCUACGGCUUCUGGUGCGGGACGGGGAGCAUGGCCCGCGCCGUGUGCGCUGCUUCGGCCUAGACCAGGGCGGCCUCUUCGUGGAGGCAUCGCCCCAGCAGGACAUUAGCCGCAGGACCACAGGCUUCCAGUACGAGAUGGUGCACCGGCGCUCGGGCUCCGACCUACUGGCCCUCUCUGCCCCAUGCCGCCCCUGCAGCGACACCGAGGUUCUCCUGGCUGUCUGCACCAGUGAUUUUGUUGUCCGAGGCUCCAUCCAGAAUGUCACCAAUGAGCCAGAGCAACAAGAGUCGGCCAUUUACCUGCAGGUAAGCAGGCUCUACCGGCAGAAGAGCAGAGUCUUCCAGCCUGCCCCUCAGGGUGCUGGUCAAUGGCAGGGCCACAUCAAGACGCUGCUUGAGUGUGGUGUUCGGCCCGGGCAUGGGGACUUCCUCUUCACUGGCCAGAUGCACUUUGGGGAGGCCCGACUUGGCUGUGCCCCCCGCUUUGCGGACUUCCAGAGGAUGUACCGGGACGCAGAGGAGAAGGGGCUGAACCCCUGUGAGAUCAGCACGGAGUGA